AUGGAGUCGCUUCCACGCGAGCUCAUCGACCUCAUCAUUCAACAAUGCAUCGCUCUCGGCCCCCGAAACUUCGUGUGUGAUCUGCGACUAGUGUGCAGGGCAUUCGACCGCUACCUCAAGCCCUACGCGUGCAAGACAAUCGCUCUCGAGUUCAGCCGACUGAGCAAGACGAGUCGCCGCCGCCAGCCCGAUAUCGAUGCCCUCCAGACGAUCGGAUACCACUGCAAGUCCAUGUAUAUAGACCUUAUGGUCCUUCGCGAUGAGCUGGAGGUCGAGUUCCUAUCGACAAUCUUCGAUCGCAUACCUUCCAUGAAACCCUUCGUUCAAACCCUCCAGCGCGAGUACUGCAUGUCGCCAUCCUCGUUCACAACUAUCGACUACCGCAAUACUGUCGACACGAUCCUAUUCAACUGCCAAUUCGUCAACUCCCUCCGCCUCAACCUUCCCUUCCAGCUCGUUGGCCACCGCUGCAAUGCCGCGACAAUGAUACUCGCCAACACCUUCUCCGCCUUCUCCCGUCGACCCGAAGACUCCGUUGCCCUAAAGACCCUUGUCCUCGAGAACGUAUCAGACCAAGCCGUUGUCGACCUCUGGACGAACCCCUCCGACGUCCUCGCCAUCAUGCGCGCCAUCCUCGAGCUCGAGCACCUCGUCAUCUCCUUCCGCCGCCACGAAGUCGACCCCCCGCGAGUAGCCUUCUUCUCCACAUGUCUAUGGGACCUCAUCCGCAAUGCCGACGUUCUUCAAACCCUCUGUCUCGCUGGCACCGACGACGACCGCCCCCCGCGCGGUCUGAAGCAGACAAAGGCAUGGAACAUGACCCUCGACGAAUGGCGCGCCCGCGCCCUCCCCCCGCCACAAGUCAUACUCCCCUGCCUAACGGCCCUCGAGCUCAAGCGCGUCGAAGUCACCCCCGAAGUCCUCCGCUGUGCUGCCCGCAACUUCGGCUGCACGCUUCGCGAGUUCUACCUGAACGAGGUCUACCUCAAAGCCGAGCAAGGCCAGAACCUAAACGAGGACUCUAAGCAGAUUCUCUGGAUCGGCCUGCCGAACCAGCGCCCUGGUCUCGACGACGACUGGAUGGCGAUGACCAUUCGCGAGUCCUGCCCGAAACUCCAAAUCUGCCGCGCCUCCUUCCUCGGCUACGACCUCUACACUCGCGACGACUUGCCCCCAUCUCCCGCUCCUUCGUCGCCUGACUUUGACUUUAUCGACCCCUGUGGACUAGGCCGCUCCAUUGCGCAGCGCUUCGUGGAGGUAGCUCUAGGCUACGCCCAGCCGCCGGCCAUGGACGGCUCGCCGGUCUCGUACCUUCCCGCCCUCAGCUCAAACGACUACCUCCUGAAGCAGACGCGGCCACGCGCGCGCGCGUUGAGGGUGACCGAAUACGACGUCAACGCGUACCAGACCGCCGUGCGCAACGUGACCAGCGGCUGGCACCGCAGCAUUGACGGCGUGUUUCCCAACUGCAACAGCGGGACGCUCGAGGAGCUGCAUUACAUUGCCGAGACCGCGUGCCAGGGCAUGAACGAGAUCCAGAGGCAGCGCAAUGAGCACUUGAAUCAAGGGGAAGGAGCCGAUGGUGGUGGUGGGGGUGAUGGACCCGGCGAUGGAGCCAACGGCGGUGCCAGAGCGGGAGGCGGCGGAGGACUUGCUGAGAACCUCCUUAACCUCAACUUCGCAGAGGAGUAA